GAACAUCAAACAUGUCUAGGUUCGCUGUUCUGUUGGUCUGCAUCCAAGCUUGCUUGGUCCAGGUAGUGUUCGGUCAGUACCUCGGCGGUGUUGGCUGCGGGUGUGGAGCCCCAGCUUUAGCUCCUGCUCCUGCCCUGGUCGCUCCUGCUGCUCCAUGUGGUGGUACUCUCGGUCUUGGUGCUCUCGGUCUUGGCGCCAUCGGAUCUGCUUAUGGUGGCGCACUUGCUCCUGCUGCUGCAUACGGUGGUGCUAUCGCUCCUGGUGCUGCUUACGGCGGCGCCGGUGAAGGCAACGUAGCGGUCCUUGGUGAGCUGCCAGUCUCCGGUACUACUGCUAUCGCUGGUCAGGUCCCCAUCAUGGGCGCUGUGAGCUUCGGCGGACCUGUAGCUGCUGUUGGCUCCGUGUCUAUCACUGGACAGUGUUCAUGUGGUUGCGGCUCACUUGACUAAAUAUUUCAUGGAUUUUGGAAAUAAAAAAUCUCAUUUACUUA